CGUGCGCGGCUCCGGCUGGGCAGGAUUCCGGACAACGCCUGGUUCCUCUCGGCUCCUUCCGGCGUUGCCGGAGUGAAUUGAUCCGGGAGUUGAAGAGGCUCUGGAGGUGGGAAGUGGAGUCAGUCCCGAAGCCGCUGCCACCUCUAAGGGAAGGGCUGCCCUGCCGGCCUUGGCCUCGAGGCGUCCCGGCAGGCGAGGAGUUAAGUAAGGUGAUGGAAAGAGCACUGAAUUGAGUUACGAAGACCUGGUUUAUAAUCUUAACUCUACUACUUAUCACUGGCAUGACCUUGAGCAAGUUUCUUAAGCCUCUGGGGCUCCACUUUGUAAAGUCAGUAGAUUUGAAUCAUCCAUUCUUGACGCAAAAGAAAAAAAAAACUUCAGUGAAUGAAGAGUCUUCUACUUUUUAGCACUGUUUUUCUACUGUAGUUGGUCUUUGAAUGAGGAUGACAAUGGAAGAGAUGAAGAAUGAAGCUGAGACCACUUCUAUGGUUUCUAUGCCACUAUAUGCAGUCAUGUACCCUGUGUUUAAUGAGCUAGAACGAGUAAAUCUGUCAGCAGCUCAGACAUUGAGAGCAGCUUUCAUCAAGGCUGAAAAAGAAAACCCAGGUCUCACCCAGGACAUCAUUAUGAAAAUUCUGGAGAAAAAAAGCGUAGAAGUUAACUUCACAGAAUCCCUUCUUCGUAUGGCAGCUGAUGAUGUAGAAGAAUAUAUGAUUGAGAGACCAGAGCCUGAAUUCCAGGACUUGAAUGAAAAAGCACGAGCACUUAAACAGAUUCUCAGUAAGAUCCCUGAUGAGAUCAAUGACCGAGUAAGGUUCCUUCAGACAAUCAAGGAUAUCGCUAGUGCAAUAAAAGAACUUCUUGACACAGUGAACAACGUCUUCAAGAAAUAUCAAUACCAGAACCGCCGGGCACUUGAACACCAAAAGAAAGAAUUUGUAAAAUACUCCAAGAGCUUCAGUGACACUCUGAAAACCUAUUUUAAAGAUGGAAAGGCAAUAAAUGUGUUCAUAAGUGCCAACCGACUAAUUCAUCAAACCAACUUGAUACUUCAGACCUUCAAGACUGUGGCCUGAAAGUUGUAUAUGUUAAGAGCUGUACGUUUCCGUGGUGGUGUUAAGCUGCUGCCUUUACCUGUAAAUUUUAAAGUUUGACUGUAUAAAUUAUCAGUCCCUCCUGAAGGGGCCUAAUCCAGGAUGUUGAAUGGGAUUAUUGCCAUCUUACACCAUAUUUUUGUAAAACGUAGCUUAAUCAUAAUCUUACACUGAAGAUUUUGCAUCACUUUUGCUAUUAUCAUUCUUUUAAGAAUUAUAAGCCAAAAGAAUUUACGCCUUAAUGUGUCAUUAUGUAACAUUCCUUAAAAGAAUUGUAAAUAUUGGUGUUUGUUUCUGACAUUUUAACUUGAAAGCGAUAUGCUGCAAGAUAAUGUAUUUAACAAUAUUUGGUGGCAAAUAUUCAAUAAAUAGUUUACAUCUGUUAAA